AGCAGCAGCCCUGGAUGUGUUGUGAUGUAAAAAUAGGAGGAGGGAAGCCGGCAGUUAUUCAGGACAGAGUCGGUCAAACUGAAGGAACGCCGGGAAGACGAGAGUUGUAGUCGGAAAACGCAGAUAGACUCAGAUCUGUGUAAAAUCCACAGAGGAACGUGAAAACCAGACGGAGUGAAUGAAAAGGACAGAAAUAAGAAACGCGAUGUUGUCCAAGAAGGAGGAGAAGAGGUCCUUCAGCAACGGACCUCUGAGAGACCAGUGGGAGAAGAGGGCCCAGAGCAUGGAGGACCAGUGCAAACAGGAGGCUGAAUGGAAGCGGAGAAGCUCCCUAAAAGUUCAGUUCUCCAAGUGGACUUAUCACCUGUCCUAUGGAGACCCGACGAAGGAGAAGAUCUCUGACUUCAGGAGGGUAACCAGCCGAACGGACGAAGACGAAAAAAAGCCUAAAAUCAAAUUCAAAGUUGUUCCUCCACCUCCAAAACCCAAAGCCGAGCCACCUCCGCCGCCGCCCCCGCCCUCCAGGAGGUCUUCUUCCCCCAAACCUCACAGGCAGAAACGCAAAGUGGAAGUAGACGUGUUUCGGUUGUGUUGGAGGGAGUCCUGGAAGAGCCUGAAGCCUCCGAAGUACCUUUACCUGAAGGCCAGCGAGGCUAGAGAAAGAAGGGCCGUGCUGAUGGCCAUAGAGUGUCCCAAAAACAGGAAAUACAAAGCAAAGACGUGUGGAUGGGACGCUGAAUGCACGGCCCUGAUUCACAAAUGGAGUCAUUCCUGGAAGCAGGUGAAAGGCCCGGCUCAGUCAGAGCCCUCAGAGGACAGAGACUUUCAGUGGGACGCUCUGUUUGAAAGAUCCUUGGCCGUCAAUGUGGAAUUAGGAAAAUAUUCUCUCCCAGUUUGGGCUGGAACCUGGAAGAUCAUGAACUUUCCCUUCAGGCAGCAGAAGAAGAACUGGGACUGUGGUUGGGAAAGCUACCAGCAGGACCGGAGCAACAAGCUGGAUAAACUGGACCUGAUACAGCAACAGAUGGAUCAGGACGAGCCUGAAGGCUGGGAGGAUUCGUGGAAACUAUCCGGAGCAGAAGAUGUAACCGGCGGCACGUUCAGGAUGAGCAUAAACGCCUGGAUGAUGCCAGGAUGGAGCAGAUCCUGCAUGCUGGCUGCAGCUCCUCCUGAGGAACACGAAGAACGGCAGAAAAGCUGGAGCUCCUGCUGGGGAUUCCUGCAGCAGAUCAGGUGGCGCCAAGCUUCCAUCUUCUCCCAUCAUCAACACAGCAGCCAGCUGAGCAGGAGGCGGAGCAGCAUGAACCUCCUCCUCACUUCCGGUCUGACGGAGGACGGCAUCAGCGUCAGCGAGUGGACGGAGGCCUGGAAGGGUCCAAAAGGACAAAACACGCUGGAGGCAGAGGAAACCACAGAUGAGGAGGGGGAAGAGGGAGAGGAAGCAGUGGGCAAUCAGGAUGAAGAAGAAGAGGACGAAGGAAUGGAGGAGGAGGAAGAGGAAGAGGAGGAGGAAGAGGAGGAGGAGGAGGAGGAGGAGGAGGAGGCUCUCAGUAGGAAUAAGGAGAACAAGGAGGAGAUCUGCACAAUAAUACACCAAGGCUUUAGCAAGAAGAUAGAGCAUGAUGAUGAUAAUGAUGAGGAGGAUGAGGAGGAUGAAGGGGUAGAUGAGGAGGAGGAAGAUGAAGAAGAUAAAGAU